CGUAAUUUGCUAGUCAUGUCAACGUUUAUCAUUUAUUUAGUGCUAAUGUUUCAUCUCAGCAGUAAUGCCGUUCAUUUUGGAUAUUUCUCUGCUCCGUCAUUAUCCUUCUACCAGCAACUGCACAAGAAAACCGAUGUUGCAUUGCUUGCCCAAACAUCCAGAGAUGAAGGCAGUUCAGCCCGGAUUGAAGAAAAAAUCGACCCAGAGCCCAAGAAGAGAAUGCAGAGGUGUAACAUAGUUUCACCUAAACUGAUUGGCUGGACAAAUAUAUCUGCUGAAGAGAUUCUUAAAGAAAACGAUGAUGUUGUGGAACGCAAGAUGGCGGAAAGUGGAGUUAAACCUGGUGGGAAAUACAAAACAAAAGAAUGCCAAUCGCGAAGUAAAAUCGCCAUUGUUGUGCCUUUACGUAACAGAACUGAACAUUUGAAAGUGUUCGUGCGUUACAUGCAUUCUUUUCUUCAACGGCAACAACUCGAUUAUGCAAUUAUCGUUGCAGAACAAACUGAGGGUUCAUUAUUCAACCGAGGAGCAUUAAUGAACGUUGGCUUCAAAGAGGCUCAAUUACUAGACAAUUUCGAGUGCUUCUUCUUUCACGAUGUCGAUAAUUUGCCAGAGAAUGAUGGCAAUCCUUACAGUUGUCCUGAAGAUGGAAAGCCUCGCCAUAUGACCUUUUCCCUAAGCAGAUGGGCUAAUUACAAGCCAACUCCAGCUUGGUACUUUGGAGGAGUAACUGCAUUAACAGCCAAAGAUUUUCAAAAAAUCAAUGGUUUCUCUAACGUAUAUUGGGGUUGGGGUGGUGAAGAUGAUGAUUUACUACGACGCAUCAGGUUCAACAAAAUGAAGCCAACGAGGGCACUAGAUGGUUUUCCAUCUCUCAUAGAAAUGGCUCGUUACAAGACAUUAACCCACAAGAAAGCCGACCCCAGUCCCAUUCGACACAAACUGCUUCGUGAGGGCGUUAAACGUCUCAAGUCUGACGGUUUGACAGAUCUUACAUACAAAAGACUUGCUCUUGAGCUUAAACCACUUUAUACCAGAGUUCUUGUUGAAUUAAAACAGCCUACAAAUAGCAAAGCUCCUGGGCAACCCUAAGUCUUCCUUCACUUGUGUAUUCUGUUCAAAUCAUAUUUCUUUUGAU